AUGGGUUCUCGACGGCGAUUCGCUAUUCCAACUGAUCCUGAAAGACCUCCAAUUCUGGGUGGUAUGCGUCAACGAACCGUCUUCACACGGUCGCAAAAGUAUGCCCGGAAGAGGGAAAAUGGAAAAACUGCCGGAGAGGAGAGGAGGGCGGAAGGAGCCGUCGUGGUGAAAGCGAGCGGAAGACGGAGGAUGAGAAGGAUAGGAAAGACAGGCGGACGGGAGGGAUAA